UGGACUGAGACGUAGCAAAGCAUCCCUCAAAAUUCUCACUUUCACUCCCUCACUAACAGUCACGUUCUUUCUCACAUUCUGGAAAUCCCGAAACGGCGUCACUUUUACCAAAAUGUUAAAGAAAAAAAAUCAGCUGAAAGUGUAAAGACUUUAAAAGCUCGUUGAUCUGCCAUCUGUGAUUCGGAGGAGGCGUGGAUCAGUGACCGGAAAUCGUACACCAUGUCACCGGGAGAGAUGGUUUCCCGGUCACUUCUCGACAAACCUCUCAACCAACUCACUGAAGAUGACAUUUCUCAGCUCACUCGUGAAGAUUGCCGUCGAUACCUCAAAGAGAAAGGUAUGAGGAGGCCAUCCUGGAACAAAUCGCAGGCCAUCCAGCAAGUGAUCUCUCUCAAAGCGCUCUUUGAAGCAACGACGGAUUCGGAAGCAACCGAGUCACCAAAGAAGCUCAACAGUGUUCCUUCAAAUCCCGUUGUUUCAGUUAAGAGAACGAGAGAAACGGUUUUAUACCGACGUCAUGAUCCCCCCAAGCCCGAUGUUUUACUGGCUGCGGACAUCGAUUCUAUUUCUCCCAGAACUAAAGUUGCAGCAAAUGAGCCAGUAGGACAGAUGACAAUCUUUUAUGGCGGAAAGGUGAAUGUCUAUGAUGACGUGCCUGGUGAUAAGGCACAAGCCGUUAUGCAGCUUGCUGCAAGCCCUCUCCCAAUAGCUCCAUCAGAGGGAAAUACAGAAGUAUGGUCCAUUCCAUGCCACUUGCAGCCUACAGGUGUCAAAGUUGGCUCAACUUCUCCUGUGUUGAUCUUCCCAACUUUACAAACAGUGAAAGUGGCAGAAAACUGUCAUCUUCCCCAGGAAGAAAGUUACAUUUCUUGUGAAGACAGCCAUGAUGGCCCAACCGGCAGAAAAGCAUCAGUGCAAAGAUACCGUGAAAAGCGGAAAGACAGGUUCAAGAACAAGAAAAAAGUAGCAAUGCCUUCAUCUGCUGGUUUGGACAUAUAUUUAAACCAUUUGACUAGAGAUGAGAUCUCAAACGAGCAGCUGAGUCAAAGUGAUGUCUGCCUUACUCCCAGAUCCAGACCACCUAACAUGCCCAUCAGUUGCAGCUUGGUUGAAAAUUUUUCGUUGGUUACUAAUCACUCUGCUAAUCUCAAUGACAAAGGAAUGUUGAGUAUAGAGAGGACUGAUCAACUGUGACAUCUUUGCUGGAAAAGAGUUUUUUUUCCCUGGGCAUAUUUAUCCUAGCUAACUAUAUGGUAAGUAAGCAGAAUGCAUUAUGUAGCUGACCUCAGUUGCGGCAAGUACCUUUUGAGUUAGAUGACAAAGAAAUUCACAAUUUCUGUGUCACUAGUUGACGUGGAUGAAAUAAAUGGUCAGAACUCAUGAGGCUUAAAAGGAGCAUUGUUGUCCGUUUUUACCGAGUUAAGAGUUUGUUUUUCAACUAGACUUGAGUUACCCUUUAUGUAGUAUUAGAACUGACUGAUUUUGCCAAUGUGUCUGCAUCUAAUCAAAUGUUCUUAAAUUCUCUAUAACUGCUUGAUGUAUGUUCGACUUUUACAA